GUUCCUAAAUAAAAACAGAACAUCACCACUAACAUUUUGAGCUCUGUCUUUCUGUCUCUCCCAUGGAGUGUCAUUCCUUAAUGUUUGCUGUCUUGGCACUGUCACUGCUUCCCUGCUCUGUUCUGGCCCGAAAGCCCUGCAAUUUCCCGGCCAUUAUCAACUUCGGCGACUCCAAUUCCGACACCGGCGGCCUCUCCGCCCUCUUAUGGCAGGCCCCUCCACCCAAUGGCAUGUCCUAUUUCCACGCCCCCGCCGGCCGGUACUGCGACGGCCGCCUCAUCGUUGAUUUCAUGGCCAAAAGCUUUGGAUUGCCUUAUCUUAGCGCUUAUCUCAAUGCAUUGGGAGCCAAUUUCAGCCACGGAGCCAAUUUCGCCACUGCUGCCUCAAGCAUUAUGCCACAAACCAUACCUCUUAUGCAGCCCGGUGGUGUUAGCCCCAUUUCUCUUGAUGUUCAAUACAAUGAAUUCUAUGACUUUCGUCGUAGAUCCCAAACCGUUCGUAAUCGAUUUGGUGGUGUUUUUAAGCCGUUAUUGCCGAAGGAAACGAGCUUCAGUCGGGCACUAUACACGUUUGAUAUUGGUCAGAACGAUUUGACGAGUGGUUACUUCUCGAAUAUGACUGUCGAACAAGUUCGAGAUUACAUCCCUCAAGUGCUCCACCAGUUCUCCACUAUUGUCAAGUGGGUGCACAGUCAAGGGGGAAGGUUCUUUUGGAUCCAUAACACAGGUCCGGUGGGGUGCCUUCCAUAUGUAUUGAGUCGAAUGCCUGUUUCACCCUCCGACUAUGACCAAUAUGGAUGUGCCAUUCCUUUCAAUGACUUGGCUCAAACUUUCAACAGUGGCCUGAAGAAAGCUGUGGCUGAGCUUCGCGCCGCUUUGCCCGAUGCAGCACUCACAUACGUCGAUGUUUACUCUCUCAAAUACGCCCUCGUUAGCCAACACAAAAAACAUGGGUUCGAGUUUCCCUUGAGAACGUGUUGUGGGCAUGGUGGAAAGUACAACUUUAAUGUGAAGCUUGGAUGUGGAGGAACGAAACGGGUGAACGGGAAGGAUGUUUUGAUUGGAAAGGCUUGUAAGAAGCCAGAAGUGUACGUGAAUUGGGAUGGUAUACAUUAUACGGAGGCAGCUAACAAAUGGAUCUUCAAUCAGAUCAAAACCGAUGCUUAUUCUGAUCCACCAAUUCCUUUGGAGAUGGCUUGUCACAGAGCCUAAUCUAACGUAAGCUAGUCCGAUUAUUGUAAUGUUUUUCUUUCGAGAUAUAGGUCGGCUUCGUGCAUCUCUAUGUUUUCCGGAGGUGCUCCUAAGGUAUGCCCUUUCGCUUCUCUGUCUUUUCCAUUCAGUGCCCACAUAACGUCAGAAAAUCUGCGUUUUCGAUCUCUCUUCGCAACGCAAUAUAUCAGUCUCUUUCUCUCGGCAUCUGUCUUUCAAGUGUUCAUCACCCUUUUUCUCUCUGUCUUUUUGGCCUUUUAUGCCGACAUGAGAUAUAAACUAGGUCAACGGGUUCAUUAUGACUUUCUAUCUAAAAGAAGUGUAUAAAAUCUCUCAACUUAGUGCUUGGAUACAAAUCUUUAACGACCCACUUUUCGAGAGAUUUGAACCUUAAACCGCCACUAACUAACAUAACAUUUUGAAAAGACACAUAAUUUAAAAUAGUUAAAACAUGCCAACACUAGUUAUAAAAUAGUUUAAGUCAACAUAAGUUCAAACAAAAGUGACCAAUUUACCCUUCCGGGUUGACUUUGAUCGAUUUUUCAAAAUUUUAACUAUUUGUUUUUAUAUUUUUCUAAACAUUUUUCUCUUUUACCUCAUCUUGAAAUUCCGUCUCUAAGGCCCUCAAUAAAACCUCAGAAGUUCGUCUUUAAAAAGUAAAAUUAUGUUUUGAAUUUCUUGUCGGGGCUUGGGUGUUACGUCGGGGCUCAGGUGUUACAGCUCCCCAUGCACAACCUUUCUCAAGAAACUAUCUGCAAAUGAGAAAAGGAAUACAUAGAGAGAAAAAAACGGGGAGAGAACGGAAGACGAACGGUUCCUUUCCUCAAAGCUUGAUGCCCAUUACACCGUGAAUCGAGUGUAACGUCAAAUAGAGAACUGUCCCCAGCAUAGGAAUCGAUGACCAUCAGACCCAUGUACACAGAGGAUAAGUAACUCGUCCUUCAUAUGAUCGUUGGAUCGUUUAUUUCAUCGUCGACGAGACUUGAGUUUCGAGAAGGUUGGAAACAUAAACAGAUCUAUGUUUGUAGGUACUUACGUAGACUUGUACUUGGUAUUGUCUGCAACACAUAUUUGACCUUAUCGCUCACGAUGCAUAUAUGUCGUGUAUUUUGUAGAUAGUCAGUUUGGAACUCUCAUGCAUGUGUGAAAAUGACAGGUCGAUAUGUAAUUCAUGAGAGUGUAAAAAUUAACCAUAUAAUUUCAUGAAACACAACGACAA